UGUCAAGGCGCUGUGGCGUCGGAAGGGCACAAACGGAGGAGUUUUUUCAUUUUCUUCACUCAGAAAGAAGUUUUGUGAGCACGGAGGGACUUUUUACCGGGAGAGAAAAAGAGAAAAAAAGGAAGAGGGUUAUUUUUUUCCAGGGAGAGAUUUUUUUUUAACUCAGCAGAAACAGAAAGAUCAGCUCAGCUCUCCAGCAAAAGAACCCGGUUGAAACUUUUUUGUUUUGUUGCUUUGCAAGACUUGCACUGAUCCACCGGUUUAAAUGUACAACAUGAUGGAAACCGAGUUGAAACCCAAUCCCGGGGUUAACACGGGAAGCACCGGGAACACCGGGGGCACAGGAGGCGGCACACCGGGAGGCAAGAACAGCCCGGAGCGCGUAAAAAGGCCCAUGAACGCGUUCAUGGUCUGGUCCAGGGGCCAGCGCCGAAAAAUGGCACAGGAGAACCCAAAAAUGCACAACUCAGAAAUCAGCAAGAGGCUCGGCGCCGAGUGGAAGCUGCUGUCCGAGUCUGAAAAGCGGCCGUUUAUCGACGAGGCCAAGCGUCUGCGGGCGCUGCACAUGAAGGAGCACCCGGACUACAAGUACCGGCCGCGCCGCAAGACCAAGACCCUCAUGAAGAAGGACAAGUACGCGCUGCCCGGCGGCCUCCUGGCACCCGGCGGCGGCGGAGUCGGCGGUGCGAACGGCAUGGGCACCGGGGUGGGCUCGGGCCUGGGCGGCCUGGGCGUCAACCUUGGGGUCAACCACCAGCGCAUGGACGCGUACGCGCACAUGAACGGCUGCUGGAGCAACGGCGGCUACGGCAUGAUGCACGAGCAGCUCGGCUACGCCACCAGUCCCAUGCACCAGUCCCAGCAGCCCCAGCAGCCGCAGUCCCAGCAGCACGUUCACCACCGGUACGACAUGACCGCCCUGCAGCCGUACGGCUCCAUGACCAGCGCGCAGACCUACAUGAACGGCUCGCCCACCUACAGCAUGUCGUCCUACCCGCAGCUCACCACCAUGGGAUCCGCCGUCAAGUCCGAGUCCAGCUCCAGCCCGCCCGCCGUCACGUCCGCGUCACACGUCCGGUCCUCCGCCGCCGUGGCCGCCACCGCGCCCGCCCAGUCGUGCCAAACCGGGGACCUGCGGGACAUGAUCAGCAUGUACCUGCCGGCCGCGGAGGUGCCCGAGCAGACGGGUCAGAGCAGACUGCACCUGUCGCAGCACUACCAGAGCGCACCUGUACACGCGGCCACUAUUAACGGCACCAUUCCGUUAUCGCACAUGUAAAGCAACUUCUUGUUUUUUUUUUACCAUCACACUGGACUCCUGGAUGAACUAUAUUAAUAUUAUAAUGUUUUUUUUUGUACAGAACAUUUUUUUCUUGGUGAGGGAAAGUUGUACAGGACUCAAGGAAAAAAAGAACACAACCAGUUUUUGCUUUGUAUUUAAAGACGGUAGGAGCGCCACAUUUUUUAAAAAAGUGUAUUCGAUUAUUUGGGGGGUGAGGAAGUGUGUGUGUGUGGGUGGGGUGGAAAAAAAAAUCAAUCAAAUGUUUUAUUAUUGCAAUCAAGUUUUGUACAGUAUUUAUCAAAGAAGCAACAAUCAGUUGUAAUGUUUGUAAAGACAGUAAAGAAGUUUUUAUUAAGAAAGAUGCAUAUAAACUAAAUGCACUGAAAGUUUUACCUUGAACUGAUUUAAUUUCAUGCGUAAAUAAAAGACACCACGAAAAUAAGUGAACUUCUGUGUUACUGAAACUGCUGUGAAUUAAAUACUUCAAGGUAAAAAACUUUAUUUCAGCAAAACAAACACUGGAAGCAGGUAGAAAUCUUUUCCUGAGGGUAAAAUACUACUAAACGUUUUUAUUAUUAUUAUUAUUAUUUCAAUUCCAUUUUAAUUUGCAUCACAGAAAGCACGUUAAUUUAUAUUUCCUUUAGUCUGGAAUCUGUUCAAGCUAUAAAAUCCGUGUUCUUUAUUUUCCCAUGUUUGUACAUUUUCUGUAUAUUCUACUGUGAGCUUGUUUUUUUAUUUUUAUUAUUAUUAUUAAACAGAUCCAUUUUCCUAGAUGUAUUUUCAAAUUUGUGGCCUGUAGGCAAAUGCCAAACGCGACAUGUACAUAUCUGAACUAAUAGCAACAUAACAACUUUCAAGUUCUUUUUUUCCAAUAUGCAGUUUGAAAUGAAUAAAUUUUUGACAUUUCGAUAGA